AUGCCAUUGAUAAAGACAUGCCACGCGAAAGUGGGGAACUGGUACGAGGAUCGGCGCUUGGAAGAGGAUACUUUAAAGGAGUAUUUGGAGAAAAAGGAGCGAGGUGAGCUCACUACCCAGAAAAUGGACUUUCUGAGGCAGAACAUUCUCAAACCGGUGUCUCUGUCCGUGUCUGAGGACGGCAGUGUGCAUUUCGGGGACACGGUAAUGUUGCUCAACAUGGGCCCUCAGAAAGACCCCACCGCGCUGAGUAUCAAUGCAGAGCUGUCCAGCCUGAGCCGAGAGCCCAGUCUGGGGAUCCGGGCCCCCUGUGCGGUCAGUGCAGGUCCUACCCCGCAGGCCAACACACGCACCGCCUUUAUCAUCACCAGCGUUGAUGGAAGCUGUGACGGCACAACUCUUCUAUACGACCAAAGUUUUGCCUUGAGAACAAUUGAUGGUUUUGCCAGAGGGCUUUUCCUAAACAGUGACACGCGCAGCUUCCAAAAGUGUGCAAAGAAGUCCUGCCUUCAAGAAGUGAGCCUGGAGACGGAAAAGACGUUUCUAUCAUGGUGGAAGGUUUUGCAUGCUGACCCCAAGGAGCGGAUGGAGCAUGAGGGCCUGCCUGUCCCUGCUAAUGCCAAGGUGCUCAUUGUCAACUGCAAGACAAACCAGGCCUUGGCUGUUCUCAGGGACUACGUGCUGCGGACCAUGUACGGGCCAGAGUUUGAGCUGACUGCGCAUACGUUCCUGGACUCUCACAAAGCGGAGGAAGACAAGAACCACUGGUGGAUGUGCACCUCGGCCCUGGGACGGGAGCAGGCCCGUCCCAAGGGGGGUGCGAGGCCCUGUGCGAACUCGAAACGCGAGGCCCUGCCCUGA